AUGGCGGCGCCCAUCAGCCGCAGCGGCUCCGAGCCCGGCGCGGCUCCCUACGGGAACUUUCCGAAUUAUUCCCGGUUCCACCCGCCCGAGGACCGCAUCAGCCUCCUGCCCCAAGGGCUCCUGCACAGCCUCUUCCCCGCGGCCACCCGCCCGCUCCUGGGGCUCGAUGUGGGCUGCAACUCCGGGGAGCUCAGUGUGGCUCUGUACCAGCACCUGCUGGGCCUCCAGGACAGCAGUUCCAGCCCAGAGCCACCAGGAGCCGACAAGGAGCUGAAGCUGCUGUGCUGUGACAUCGACCCCGAGCUGAUCCGGAGGGCCCAGCAGAGCAGCCCCUUCCCUGCCUCCAUCUCCUUUGCCAGCCUGGACAUCAUGGACUCGGGGGCCAGGGAGCCCUUCCUGAGCUCCUUCCUGCAGCGCUUCGGCCGCUCCUCCUUCGACAUCGGCUUCUGCAUGUCCGUGACCAUGUGGAUCCACCUGAACCACGGCGACAGGGGCCUGCUGGAGUUCCUGGCCCUGCUGGCCUCGCUCUGCACCUUCCUGCUGGUGGAGCCCCAGCCCUGGCGGUGCUACCGGGCGGCCGCGCGCCGGCUGCGCAGGCUGGGCCGCGACGACUUCGAGCAUUUCCGAUCGCUGCGGAUCAACGGGGACAUGGCCGAGAGCAUCACCCGCAUCCUGACCCAGGAGUGCGCCAUGGAGCUCGUCUGCUCCUUCGGGAGCACCUCCUGGGACAGGAGCCUGCUGCUCUUCAGAUCCACCACUGCCCGUCCCCAGGGCUCUGACUGAGGAGCGGCCUCACACAGCCCUGGGCCCACGGGCACGAGGCAGAGCUGGCAAUUCCUGAACCCCUGCUGGGAGCAGGCCUUGGCUUCCCGUGCGAGUCCAGGGCAUGGAAUGGCUGGGACUGAUUUGUUGGGACAGUUAAUGAAGAAAGUGCCCUUUGAUAAACUAAUCUCCACAACACAUUCCACAUGGAGCAGCCUGGGAGAGUGGAAGGUGUCCCUGGGGAUGGGAUUGGAUAGGAUGGGAUGGAUUUUAAGGUCCCUUCCCACCCAAACCAUUCCAGAUGUUCACGACACCAGGUGCAGCAAGUGGAGAUAAGAAUUGUUUCUCAUUCUUUUCUCUGAUCUUCUCACAGCCUUCCCCAGAACCAUGCCUGGGAAGGUUGUGCCUCUCUCUGUGGCCACAGAGCUGCUGCCCCACGGGGGAUCCACUCCAGGUGCUCAGGGAGCACCAAUUUUGUGGGGUGGGAGGUUGUUCAAGGAAGUGCUCUUGGAAUCCAAGUUCCUACAUGUGCUUUCCACGUGUAUCAAGAAUAUCCCCUGGCAUUCCAGUCCCUCAGAGGCCUGCCCUGGAUCCAGGUGUGGCCUCACCUGGCCCAGCAAAGGUGAAUUAUUGAUCCCACCUGAAACCCACCCUGCCAGGACAGACUGCUGUUCCUGGAAUACCAGGGAACAUGCCCUAGGGAAUGUGGAAUGUCCUGAUUGGAACAGCCUCACAAGGAUCCUCCAGUCUAGCUCCUGGCCCUGCACAAGACAUCCCAAAAAAUCCCACUAAUCCCAAAAUCCUGAUGCCCAAGUUGUCCAGACAUUCCUGGACCUCCAGAAUCAUGGAAUAUCCAGAGCUAAAAGGGACCUGUGAGGAUCACAGAGUCAUGAACAUCCAGAGUUGGAAGGAACCCACCUGGAUCAUCAAGUCCAAGUCCUGGCCCCACACAGGACAUCCCAAAAUCCCAGCCAGUGCCUGAGAGUGUUGUCCAAGCUCUCCCUGACCUCCAGAAUUAUGGAAUAAUCAGAGUUGAAAGGGACCCACAAGGAUCCCUUGUGAGUACCCUGAGUUGGAAGGGACCAGCUCCAACUCUUGGCCCGGGACAACCCAAAAAUCCCACUGAUCCCAAAAUCCCAGCACCCUGAGCUCUGGUUUCCUGGGGCUGUCACCAUUCCCUGGGGAGCUGUUCCCCUGUGGAUGAGGAACCUUUUCCCAAAGUGCACCCAAAACUCGCCCAGGGCUGGGCUGAGGCACCUGCAGGACAAUUCCCUCCCUGGCCCCAGCAGCCCAGGCUGAGCUCUCCCAGACAGGGGUUCAUCCCUAACGGUGAGUGAUCUUGGGAAUGAAAUCCUUGGAAUAAAAAUCACUGAAUUUUAUCCCAAA